AUGGGGGUUCGAAAGGCAGGUCUUUUAUUUUGUCUUUUCCUCUUCUCAGGUGUCCUAAGAGCCCGCACCGAAAGUACAGAUGCUCUAGAAGCGUAUAUUAAAACAGAUGGGGCUUGGAUAGUAAAAAUCACCAAAGCACUGUACACUGCGAAAACAGUGGAAGAAUGUGCCGUCAAGUGUGACAAAGAGACUUCUUUUACAUGCAGGUCCUUUUACUAUAUUGAGAAGGAUCAGGAUUGUGUAACGUUACCUGCCAACUCUAAGACUGACCAACUACUGCGAAGAAUGAGCACUACACUAUAUGAGAAAAAAGAGUACUUACAGGAAUGUGUCAAUGGACUUGGCACCGACUACAGAGGGACAAAAUCCAAGACAAAAACAGGAAUAUUGUGUCAGCGAUGGGAGGGAACGUUCCCCCAUAAGCCAAACAUAACGCCGAAGACACACCCAAAAACUGACCUGGAGUCCAACUUUUGCCGUAACCCAGAUGGAGACAAAGGAGGUCCCUGGUGCUACACCACAGAUCCUGAGAAAAGAUGGGAAAACUGUGAUAUCCAAGAUUGCACAGAGGAAUGCAUGCAGUGCAGUGGAGAAAACUACAGGGGCAAGAUCUCCACCACCGAGAGUGGAUACACCUGCCAACGCUGGGACUCUCAGACGCCACACAACCAUGGCUACAUCCCUUCAGCUCUUCCUGAGAAGUACUUGGUGGAGAACUAUUGCAGAAACCCUGAUGGAGAGCCCAAACCCUGGUGCUUUACCACCAAUCCAGACAAACGUUGGGAACCCUGCUCUAUUCCACGAUGCACAACUGAACCACCCACAAUUGUGCCGGAGCUCACCUGUGCUACCGGAGAUGGAAGCUCGUACAGGGGCACCAUUUCUGUGACCAUAUCAGGGAAAGCCUGCCAGAGCUGGAAAUCUCAAACUCCUCACAAGCAUGGUAGAACUCCAGACAAGUACCCAUGCAAAGGUCUUGAGGAGAACUACUGCAGGAACCCUGAUAAUGAGAGAAGUCCCUGGUGUUACACCGCAGACCCUGAGACCCGCUGGGAAUACUGCAGUGUGCCCGUUUGUGGAGAUCAACCUAAACCUGAAGAUCCAAUCAUUCCUGAAGGAGAGGAAUGUUAUGAAGGUGAUGGAAGCUCAUACCGUGGUGUCAUGUCCGAGACAAUCAGUGGAAAGAAAUGCCAGUUCUGGACAUCCAUGGAACCUCAUAAACAUUCCAAAACACCUCAGAACUUCCCCAAAGCAGAUCUGAGGAGGAACCUGUGCAGGAACCCAGAUAGUGACCGAGCUCCAUGGUGCUACACCAAUGACCCCUCGGUUCGGUGGGAGUUUUGCAAAAUCGAGCGUUGUGACAGCAAACCUGAACCGCCUCAGACUCCACAACGGGAGCCUCCUACCAAACCAUCUCCAGCUGCGGCUCCUGCGACCGACCAAUCCGCUACUUCAAGAGAUUGUAAAGUUGGCAAUGGAGCAGAUUACCGGGGUCCUACAUCUACAACCAUGAUGGGAGUGACCUGCCAAGCAUGGAGUUCAAUGACCCCUCAUCAACAUGCCAGUUUUACCCCUGAGACACAUCCAGACAGGGGCCUGGAGUCGAAUCAAUGCCGAAACCCAGAUAAUGACGUGAAUGGACCUUGGUGCUAUACAACAGAUCGAAAUCAGAAGUGGGAACACUGUCAGAUCCCAGACUGUGAGAGUCUGAAAUGUGGACAACCAGCUACAAAACCUAAACGUUGCUUUGGGCGAAUCGUUGGGGGAUGUGUUUCCAAACCACACUCUUGGCCUUGGCAGAUCAGUCUUCGAACCAGUACUGGAAAAAUUCAUUUCUGUGGUGGAACUCUGAUUGAUGCACAGUGGGUUCUAACCGCAGCCCAUUGCCUUGAGAGGUCUAAGAGGCCAUCGGCUUACAAGAUCUUCCUUGGAAUCCACACAGAACGUGCGAAUGAGCCAUCCAAACAGGAGCGAGAUGUUUCUAAGAUUGUUAUGGGACCACCUGGAACUGACAUUGCUCUUCUUAAGUUAGACAGGCCUGCAGUAAUAAAUGAUAAGGUAUCACCUGCUUGUCUACCAGAAAAGGACUACGUUGUACCAAGUGGUACAGAAUGCUAUGUGACAGGCUGGGGAGAGACACAGGGAACUGGCGGGGAUGGAACCCUAAAAGAAACAGGUUUCCCAGUGAUUGAGAAUAAAAUCUGCAACCGUCCCUCAUUUUUGAGCGGCCGCGUAAAGGACCACGAAAUGUGUGCUGGAAACAUAGAGGGUGGAACGGACAGUUGUCAGGGUGACAGCGGUGGUCCUCUCGUCUGCUACUCACAGAACAAGUUUGUUCUUCAAGGAGUGACAUCGUGGGGUCUGGGCUGUGCUAAUGCCAUGAAACCUGGGGUGUACGUCCGCGUCUCUAAAUUUAUCGAUUGGAUUGAAAAAAGCAUGAAAGAAAACUAAUAAAGGUUCACCUUAAAUACAAGCACAUAUUGUGCGAUUGAAUUAAAAUGUGUAAGAAUUAAAGUAUCGAAAGCUGUUUUAAAGUUUUGCUAACCGUUUGUGAAAUGGCUUACGUCAGUCUACACGGUUACACUGUAUUUCUUACAUAGUCUAAAUUUUGGCUGUCCCCAGUUUUA